GAGUUCGAGGUCGGGCGGCGCAACGACUUCUCCGAGUGGCGGGAGGACGUCGGCCAGCUGGUGGCCGCAUCUCGCCUGCGUUGGCAGAGCGCGCAGCAGCUGCUGCACAACAUCCGCGGGCAAAUCAACGACCGCGCCGAGUUCGACGAGGACCUCGCGAGGCGCCUCAGCCUGAAGGCGAGCAAGCGGGAGGCGGAGGACAUCCUGCACGCCAAGAGGGCCGCGCAGUGGAUCCAGGAGGACAAGUCGGACGCCGCGUUCCUGGUCGACCUCCAGCGGUACUGCGCCGCCCGCGUCGUCGAGGGGGCCAGGGCGUUCAAGACCGCGCUGGAAUCCAGCGCGGUCUUCCUGCGCAUGCAGGAGAUCGGGCAGGAGCGGCUCGCCGCGCUGCCCGCGCUGGAGCGGGCGCUGCGCCAGGUGGACGCCGCCGAGGCCGAGUGCACCGCGGCGUGGGUCCAGCACGAGGCGGCCUGCCGGCGCUUCCUGGCGCCGAGCGGGGGCGAGGAGCGGCCGGGCGGCGACCCAGGCCUGUGGGCCUCCGAGUUCGCCUACCGCCGGGCGCUGGCCGCGCUGGACGCCGAGGCGGUGCGCUGCCACGAGCUGGCGGCGAAGGCGCGCGAGGCGCUGGGGGCCGCCGACAGCGAGCACCGCGACCUGUCGCAGCAGUUCCUGCGAGACAUCGCCGCCUGCGUCGCGACCACCUACGCCAACCUGGCGCAGGUGCUCACGCCGCCCGCGGGCACGUGCCUGCUGCCCCAGCUCGCGGGGGGCACGGCGCCGAGGGGGCCGACGCCGCCCGCGCAGAAGCCGGGCCUCCAGGCGUGGCGGAUGUCGCAGCCCCCCGCCUCGUCCCUCGCGCUCCGCGAGGGCCCGGUGGAGCGGCCGCCCAGGCCGGGGUGCGGUGGCAGAGCGGCCUCGCCGCUGCUGUGCUCUCUGUGA